CCACCUCCCCGUCACACAGAUCCGCCCCUCCAGAAAAUCCGCCCCCCAGUAGAUCCACCCACCAAGAUCCACUCCCCUGGAGAUCCGUCCCUCCAGCAGAUCCGCCUCCCGCAGAAGAUCCACCUCCUCAUCAGAUCCUCCCCCAAAGACCCACCCCCAGCACAUCCGCACCCCCAGAAGAUCCACCCCCCGCAGCAGAUCCGGCCCCCUCAGCAGAUCUGCCCCUCCAGAAGAUCCGCCCCUCACGGCAGAUCCGGCCUUCCCAGCAGAUACGCCCCUACGCCCCCUCCCCGAGUAGAUCCUCCCCUCCAGAAUAUCCACCUCCCCCGCAGAUCGGGCGUCUCCCUCAGAACCGCCCCCAGCAGAACCGCCCCCAGCAAAGCCGCUCGGGCUGGGCCUCAGGGCCUGGGGAAGGGAGCCGGGACCAGGCCUUGGAGGGACCGGGCCCGCCCCUGGCCAGCCCGAGCCAAUCAGCGCAUGCUAGGCGGGCUGUCAUGAUUGGCUUCCAGAGGCUCACGUGUGGAGGCCUGACCAAUCAGAGCCCGAGAGACACCAUUGCAAGACUCUGAGGAGAGCUGGAGCUGGGUAAGUCCGCAGCUCGCAGGGCGGCCGCACCUGCCCGCCUACCUAGGCCAGUACGCGCGGGUCUCGGGCCUGGCAGAACCUUCUCCGGCCCCCUGCCCUCGCCUGGCCUCGCCCCGUCGGUUGCGUGCUUGUCUCGUCCUGCCCCCAGGCCCUGCCGGUCCCCACCCUUAGGCCGGCGUCCCUGCCCGGCCCUGUUGGGGGCUGGCGCCAGCUCAGGAAGACGCCCCGAAGCCGAGGCCUCGGAAGCAGGUUUCUCCCGGACCUUCUCCUGCCCCGCGUUCCCCGCUAGGCUGGCGGUAGGGACCAGACCCCCCCCGCAAGCCCAUAACCGGCCUUCGCGCUCCCGGUGGCCCUGGCUGGCCCUGGGCGCCGCCGAGGCCUCAGCCUGGAACCCCGCUCCUGCCGUCCGGGACCUUUGCGGCUGCCCACACGCGACCCCAGGCAAGGGGUGGGGGCGCGGGACCCUCCAUGACAGGGCGGCGGGGCGCUCUCCCUUCUUCGAAACCAGCGUAAACUGGACCCGCCUCACCUCCCAGACCUUGGGGGAGUCCCGGGAAAGGCUGUGGCCUGGGGGUCUGCAGGGCGUUGGCAGUAGAGGUGGGGAGAGACCCUAGCUCUUUUCUGCCCCAGCCCCCUCAGCCGUGCCUUCCUGCCCGUGAGCCGGGGACAGUGGAGGGGAGUCAGGGAGGCUUCUCCAGAAGGACUUUCUUAUGACUCAUCCUUUAAAGCCCCUCGGGCAUAGCCACCCUCCCCAGGACCCACGUACUCUCCCGGACUGUGCUGGAAGCUCAGAGCCAGAAUGACUUUUCCACUGAGGCUGGCUGGCCCAGUGGGCGGCAGGGACGGGGGCUGUGAAGAGAAAACUCACCCGCCAGGGUCAGGAGCUGGUUGCCCACUGAGUAAAGCAGAGGGGUCCCUGCCGCUUGCCUCAGGAUCAAAGCCAGUUGGUGAGGCACUGAGUAAAGCAGAGGGGUCCCUGCCGCUUGCCUCAGGAUCAAAGCCAGUUGGUGAGGCACUGCCUUGCAGUUGUAGGAGAGGAAUAACGGCCCCCGUGGGUGCUUGGUUGGAACGAUUAAAGGAGACUAGCAGUUUAGCACGAUUAUUUCACACAGUUCAAACCAGCUUAUGUGGUGUCUUCAACAAAAAGUAAUUGUUUAGAGAAGUAACAAGAUGAAGGAGAACUCUGAGUCCGAGUCUCCCUCCUCAAGUCCCUGUGUGAACAGAGGUAAAUAAUCGAAACUCACCAACCAGGAGAAAUUCACCUAGGACUGGGGCAGAAGGUAUACACCAUGAGCCUGGAAAUGAUUAAAAAAACAAUGAACACAGGCUGGGCAUGGUGGCUUACACCUGUAGUCCCAGCACUUUGGGAGACUGAGGCGGGCAAAUCACUUGAGGUCACGAGUUCGAGACCAGCCUGACCAAUAUGGAGAAACCCUGUCUCUACUAAAAAUACAAAAUUAGCCGGGCAUGGUGGUGCAUGCCUGUAAUCCCAGCUCCUGGGGAAGCUGAGGCAGGAGAAUCGCUUGAACCUGAGAGACAGAGGUUGGGGUGAGCUAAGAUCACACAAUUGCAAUCCAGCCAGGGCAGCAAGAGUGAAACUCUGUCUCAAAAAAAAAAAAAAAAAAAAACCCACAACGGUGAGCCAAAGGGACACAGCGGCAAGGGGUCCCAGUGGCCGAGGCUGGAAUGACUUGAAUAGCAGAAUAAAGUAGCGUUGAAUUAUAAUGCACAGUGCUAAAGAAAUAUUGAUGAUUCUUUGCUGAUGUAAUAAGUGACUGAAUGAGCCAGGCAAAGUGGGACCUGUAGUUCAGCUACUCAGAGGCUGAAGUGGGAGCAUCAGUUGAGCUCGGGAGUCGAGGCCAGCCUGGGCAACAUAGCAAUAU